AUGGUCUGCGGUGAUGGAGAUUGCGGUACCACUUUUCUCUCCGGUGCAAAUGCUAUGAUGGGGAAAAUGGAAAAUGGCACUAUACCUGUCUCAAACAUCGCCAAAGGAAUGGAGGUUUUGGCAGAGACUGUAAUAGAUGCCAUGGGCGGUACCUCUGGUGCUAUCUAUGGCAUCUUCUUGUCUGCUUUCGCAGCUGCCAUUCUUCAAGGUGAGGAGGAGUCAAUGAGCAUGAGAAUGAUGGCAGGUGCUUCUUCGAAAGCUUUAUGUACCCUAAAACAAUUCACGGGUGCUCGAGUUGGUGAUCGUACAUUGAUGGAUGCCUCGAUUCCAUUUGUGGAUGAACUCCAGAGAUCAGUCAACUUGAAGGAAGAUAUCACAGCGUUCGAAGGCGCUGUUGAACAAGCCAUCAUAGGAUGUGACACUACUCGCUCUUUGACUGCCAAAUUUGGACGUUCAACUUAUGUUAAUGAUGAACACAAUGGUCACUUCAAAAAUGGUAACCUUCCUGAUCCCAGGGCCUGUGGAGUCGUUGCUGUCUUGACUGAAAUAGUCAAAGGAAUGAAGAACUAG